CAACUGUCAAACAGAUGACACGACAGUGUGGGAGCGAGCAGGCAACAGCACAUAAAAAAAGAGGAGUCAACUUUUCUGGGACCGAAAGAAGCGAAAAUUCCGUGCCGAUCGUGUUUGCGCUUUCCUGGAUUUUUCACGCCAGGUGCAAAGAAAAGUCGGAAAAUUGGGUGCACCGUGCAACUACAUCGUUCGCUACACAAGCGCACACACACGGCCGCCUACGCAAACCGAUAGAUCCGGUGCAGCGAGCGUGAUUAGCUUUCAUUUCCCCCUCCCGACACUCUCUGCACGGACCUGGAACUGCAACGCGUUCCAACCCGGGGGUAGUAGUAGUGGUUGGUUGUCCCUUGGCCUGAUAAUUGGAGCGGUGCCGCCGACCGUCGAACGUCCUCCCGGUAUUGACCGACCGCGAAGACCGCGUUGAAGACGUCCUGGUGUUUGUGUGUGUGCUGCUGUAUUGCUGGAGCACGCCAAGGAGACGGUUUUAUCGUAUCUUUGAAGCGAGCGUGUUGUGUGUGUAUGUGUCAGUGCAGUGUGUAUGUGUGUGUUGAUGUUGCGGUGCGUGUGGUUGUGCGUUAGUAAAAAAAGUGAAUCCAAGUAGGCAGGGCCCACACCAAAAGCGGGGGUCGUGCAAAGUCGUUGUCCACAAGGCCCCGUUGUUCGUACCAUCUCCCCACGGGAGCUGGCAGAAGUUGUGUGCGUGGAAAAGUGUUUUUACAUUUAAUUUGUUGGUGCAUUGAAGUAAGACGGGCGGCAACGUCCUCGAGACCCCACCCCCUACCAGCGACACACAAGGGCUCUCGCGAAACGCCGCUGACGAUCGUGAGAUCACGCGAAAGGAGUGGCAGCACAAAAAAAAGAAGCGCCGAAAUUGGGAAGUGAAGCGAAGGAAAGUCCCAUCCCUUCCCGGGGUUUAGCGAAACCAGCAAACAAGACAAAUUUGACGUAACUUACCACCACCAUAGCAGGGGCAAAGGCAAUUUGCCAGUUUUGGAUGAGCAAAAAUGAUUCUGCUAGAGAUCAACAACAGAAUUGUGGAGGAAACGCUUACAGUGAAAUUCAAGAAUGCAAUCGCAGGGAACAAGGCGGAAUCCAUCGAUGUGACGGUAGCAGACUUCGAUGGAGUUUUAUUUCACAUCUCGAACAUAAACGGCGAUAAAACGAAAGUGCGAACGAGCAUAUCGCUGAAAUUCUACAAGCAGCUACAGGAGCACGGUGCCGAUGAGCUGCUGAAGCGCGAGUAUGGCGACCUGCUGGUAGCCCCCGAGGACGGGUACAACGUGUCGGUGCUGGUCGAUCUGGAAAACAUACCGGAAAACUGGGAGGAAACGGUGCGAAAGAUCGGCCUGCUCAAGCGAAACUGCUUUGCGUCGGUGUUCGAGAAGUACUUCGACUUCCAGUCGCAGGGCGAGGGCGAAGGCGAGGGCCAGAAGCGGGCAGUAAUUAACUAUCGUAACGAUGAAACGAUGUACGUUGAAGCAAAGCCGGACCGUGUGACCGUCGUGUUUAGUACGAUAUUCCGCGACGAGGACGACGUAGUGUUAGGGAAAGUGUUUAUGCAGGAGCUGCGCGAGGGCCGAAGAGCUUCCCACACGGCGCCGCAAGUAUUAUUCUCCCACCGGGAGCCACCGCUCGAGCUGGCCAAUACCGGGGCACGGGUCGGCGAGAACAUAGGCUACGUAACGUUCGUACUAUUCCCACGGCAUACUGCGAAGGAAACGCGCGAUAACACGAUCAAUUUAAUUCACAUGUUCCGUGAUUAUUUGCAUUAUCAUAUUAAGUGUUCGAAGGCAUACAUCCACUCCCGAAUGCGGGCAAAGACGACGGAGUUUUUAAAGGUGCUCAACCGUGCUCGACCGGAGCCCAAAAUUACGGAAAAGAAAACAAUAACCGGCCGAACAUUCAUCAGAAAAGAAUGAUUCUAGAAGUUGUCGGACGCGUCUAGUUGUUAAAUGUGUAAGUAUUCAAAACGAACCUAAUAAAAGGAGGAAAAGAGACGGCACGAGAAAAGCGCAAACGGAGGGAAAACCGAUGGCAGGAUUCCCAACAGGUCUCUCUUGUUUCGGAAGGAAGUGUAAGUGUAAAGGAAGUGGGUUUUGGGCAAAUUCUGCUAUCGCCGCGAGGACAAAACAGUGCAGUGUCCGUGAUUUGGUAGGCAUAAAACCAAACCACCAUCCCCACUCUUCUUCGCCGAAGCAUCGUAAGCAAAUAAACCAUUUUCAAGCUGGUAACCGAUUUGUUUUCGACAGUGUGUUCCUCUUUGGUGGGGGCGGGGGUACGCACACCCACCCAUCGGUGUAGGAAACGGCCAACGAAAUAGUAAUUGUAAGCCACAGCAAGAGCAAAUGGUGCAUAGGUGUGUGUGGUAUAUAUAAGCUAACAUCAAACAAAUCCUAGCCUGUUGCAAUAGAAUUCUAAACUUUUCACCCGAGAUAGCCCGAGAAAAAAGGGGAUAAAGGCCACCACAAUUUAGCCUAUUACAGAGUUUGACACACAUUUGAUAGUUAAAAAUUAGCCGAAAAUAUACACUUUCGAACCAACCCACAUACCCACAUCCCGCAAAAUGGAUGCAAAUUCAAACACACCAUUAUAAGAGAAAAAAAAACAGUCAGUAGCAUUCAUUCUUAAUCGUCGCUGCCAAUGUGAAACAAAACAAGAAAAAAGCUGUAUUGUGUAAACAAAUAGAACUCAACAAAAAAACGUUAGGAAAAUAGGGCCAAAUGUAAGGACACUCCUUUGCAGGGGAGGUGGGCAAUUCUUAACGGCUUUGCAACAAAACAAGAAGAAAAAGUGUAGAAGUGGUUCAAUUGAAAGAGAAAAAUAGAGCUACGCUAGUAAGGAACGGGGAGGGGCAAGUAAAAAAAAUUGCAGUAUAAGCUAAGGAUAACUAAUUUUAUAAAAAGAAAGGAAGAGCAAAAUUUAAAAAAGAGGGCACGAGUCAGACAUGGCAAAAAAACGCGUGGUGAACGGCAUAAGAGAGUAGAGUAAGAAGACGCAUUUAUCCGGAAGCCACAAAGCGCAUGCAAUGCCAGACACACACACUGCUAAAAAAUAAAAUCGCACAAACGAACAGAACCACAAUGUUCAAUGCUGCUUGAAGUUGUGGGCGCUGUGGUUUGCUCUGGUUGGUUCGGACAAAAAGGGGGGGAAAAGGGCGAGAAGCAGCAAAGAAGAAAAAGAAGAAGAAAACGGAAGACACACUAAUCAAUUUACUAAUCAAUUGCGAAUGAGAUAUCAAAAAGGAGAGCUCUAAUGGACGGCGCGUGAUCGUUUGUUACAAGAAACCGAUCCGUUAGAGAUGAUGGCGCGAAGGAUCGAUUGAAAAAAAAUGAAGCAAAAGCUAGCACAUUAAUAUGCGCAUUAAUAACCCUCCAUUAAGAUCGGUCACUAGAGUCCGAAGAGAAAAGGGAUAACUCUUCUGGAUAGGAAUGAAAGCAACAUGAAUGCAAUAUACUAAUCGAUUGAGAGAAGAAAAUGGUAGUACUAAAAUCGAAAGGGACGAGAGAGAACGAGAGAACAAGUUACGUGGGGCAUAGAUUGUUUUCCUCAUCAAAUUUUACCAAACUACACACACAAGAAAAAGAGCCGUUGUUUACUAUUAACUACUACAGCUAAUAUUAUUAUUACCUAGUAGCCUUUAGUGCGAAAACACUGUCGGUGAAGUGAAACUGGAGGGAAAAACAUGACUAGAGAGAGAGAAAGAGAGAGACGAAAUGAGUACUAAGAACAAGCAAGCCUAGCAAACGAACAGAUAGUUAAGAAAUGAUCCUCAUUUAUAGGUAGCGUUCGCGUUUCUGAGAGAGAGAGAGAGAGAGAGAGAGAGAGAGAGAAGAGUAACGGUAGGAUUGGGUUACGGGGGAUGGCCAUUAACCUGGAAUCGCGGCGAUCGAGCUUCUAAAUGCGGUUUACUGUGGUGAUGAUGAUGAUGAUGAUCGGUGGAUCAUAUUCUUCCAGUUGUUUGUAGUGAAUGUAGAGUGAGAGAUGUGUGUGUGUGUGUGUGUGCGUGUGGUCGUGCCACCCAAACCACGGCCCCCGGAGUAGGAAGGGAGGAAGACCAGGAGCAUUACUAAGAGUGAAAUCCUGCAGUGCAUUUAUAUUAACUUAGUGGGGCAAACAGGCAAACAACACAACACACCACAACACCAUUAAACCAAGCAAAGCGAAGCCAAAUACCAUGCCCUUGCCUUGCUUUUUGUGUUUGGUUUUCCCCGGUUUCCCGCUAGCGCAAACGUCCCUUUUAAAGGGUGCUGCCGUUGCGGGCGGGGAUAGUACUCCCUGCGUAAUGUGUCGUCGCCAGCCAAAACACUCCUCCCUCUCAUGGAAUGUAAAAAGAAAUCCAUCUCCCUUCUACUAUAGCUAGCUAAGCGAAAGGAUGGCCACCACCACACACCGAUAUACACAAAAUUUACUUUUUGCGGAAGGGGGUUGCGCGGACAAACACACACGCCCAAGCCCGUUUUUACCAUCCCAAUCUUAAAGGCAGUAGCAAAUUCGGGCCCCAUUCGAUAAAACUUCCUACAUCGGAUAGAAUGUGAUAUCCUCCUUUGCCUCCUGUAGCUUUCCGUUGCGCUAUCAACGGUGUGCGUGUGUGUGUGUGUCCACCUUUAAGCUCUCGUUAAUAUCCCUCCCAAAAACAAGAAGAAGAAGAAGAAGAAGAAAAAACGCAUCGUAUCUGGUUUGCGGUAGAGCAAAUGCUUAGGAAAAGGUUAAUAAUCAAACUUUGAACGUGUUUUACAUCCUCCCCCCCAGAAAUCAAGGCUCUCUCUCCAACAAAACCUAACAUGUGUGUUUCCACUUCAAACCGGUACUGUCGGUCGGCAAGACCCAGACCAAGACACAGUGGAUGUAGGGGCAGAGAGGGGUUAAGAUUCCUCGAAACUUUGUGCAAAAGUGAGCUCCAAAAAUGAACUAAAAAUCGAGAAAACCGAAAAGAAUGCAACCAAUCUUCAAUAAAUCCAACAAAACAAAGCAAAA